AUGGCAUCUGAACCUGAAACCACACCUCAUAUUCCAUCAAAAGUGUUCACUUCAUCAACUUCUUCCACACCACCAACCUCUUCCACAACUGUGGCCUCUUCAACUGAAACCACACCUCAGAUUACAUCAACAGCUUCCAGUUCAACAGCCUCCAAAAAACAGGUCACCUCCUCAUCUAACUCCCCUACCACUCUAACAACUUUGGCCUCUUCCACUGAAUCCACAACUCAGAAAAUAUCAAUAUUGACCACUUCAACAUCAUCCACAACACAAAUCACCACUUCAGCCAACUCAACAACAACUGCUACAACUUUGGCCUCUAUGCCUGUGACCACACCUCAGAUUCCAUCAAAAGUGUUCAUUUCAUCAAUUUCAUCCACACCAUCAACCUCUGCCUCAACCAUGGCCUCUUCAAAUGCAACCACACCUCAGAUUACAUCAACAGGUUCCAGUUCAGCAGCAUCCACAAAACAGGUCACCUCUUCAUCUAACUCCCCUUCCACUCCAAUAACUUUGGCCUCUACACCUCAAACCACAUUUCAGAUUACAUCAAAAGUGGUGACUCCAUCAAUUUCAUCCACCCCACCAACCUCUGCCACAAUAGUGGCAACUUCAACUGAAUCCACACCUCAGAAAACAUCAAGUGUGUCCACUUCCUCAUCUUCUACACUAGAUAUCAGCACUUCAUCCACACCACCAACCUCUGCCACAACCGUGGCACCUUCAACUGAAUCCACAUCUCAGAAAACUUCAACAGAUACCAGUUCAACACCAUCCACAAAACAGAUCACCUCUUCAUCUAACUCCCCUACAACUCCAUCAACUUUAGCCUCUUCAACUGAAUCCACAACUCAGAAAACAUCAAGUGUGUCCACUUCCUCAUCUUCUACUCUAGAUAUCAGCACUUCAUCCACACCACCAACCUCUGCCACAACCGUGGCAAUUUCAACUGAAUCCACACCUCAGAAAACUUCAACAGAUACCAGUUCAACACCAUCCACAAAACAGGUCACCUCUUCAUCUAACUCCCUUACAACUCCAACAACUUUGGCCUCUUCAACUGUAUCCACAACUCUGAUAACAUCAACAGUGACCACUUCAACAGCAUCCACAAAACAAAUCACCACUUCAGCCAACUCAACAACAACUGCUACAACUUUGGCCUCUAUGCCUGUGACCACACCUCAGAUUCCAUCAAAAGUGUUCAUUUCAUCAAUUUCAUCCACACCACCAACCUCUGCCUCAACCAUGGCCUCUUCAAAUGCAACCACACCUCAGAUUACAUCAACAGGUUCCAGUUCAGCAGCAUCCACAAAACAGGUCACCUCUUCAUCUAACUCCCCUUCCACUCCAAUAACUUUGGCCUCUACAUCUCAAACCACAUUUCAGAUUACAUCAAAAGUGGUGACUCCAUCAAUUUCAUCCACACCACCAACCAAAACAUCAAAGGGGUCUACUUCCUCAUCUUCUACACUAGAUAUCAGCACUUCAUCCACACCACCAACCUCUGCCACAACCGUGGCACCUUCAACUGAAUCCACAUCUCAGAAAACUUCAACAGAUACCAGUUCAACACCAUCCACAAAACAGAUCACCUCUUCAUCUAACUCCCCUACAACUCCAUCAACUUUAGCCUCUUCAACUGAAUCCACAACUCAGAAAACAUCAAGUGUGUCCACUUCCUCAUCUUCUACUCUAGAUAUCAGCACUUCAUCCACACCACCAACCUCUGCCACAACCGUGGCAACUUCAACUGAAUCCACACCUCAGAAAACUUCAACAGAUACCAGUUCAACACCAUCCACAAAACAGGUCACCUCUUCAUCUAACUCCCCUACAACUCCAACAACUUUGGCCUCUUCAACUGUAUCCACAACUCUGAUAACAUCAACAGUGACCACUUCAACAGCAUCCACAAAACAAAUCACCACUUCAGCCAACCCAACAACCACUCCUACAACUGUGGCCUCUUCAACUGAAACCACACCUGAGAUUUCCUUAAUAGGUUCCACUUCAGCAGCAUCCACAAAGCCGCUCACCUCUUCAUCUAAUUCUUCAACAACUGCCACAAAUUUGGCCUCUACACCUGAAACCACACCUCAGAUUACAUCAACAGGUUCCAGUUCAACAGCAUCUACAAAACAGGUCACCUCUUCAUCUAAAUCCCCUACCUCGCCAAUAACUUUGGCCUCUUCAACUGAAUCCAAAACUCAGAAAACAUCAACAGCGACCACUUCAACAGCAUCCACAAAACAAUUCACCACUUCAGCCAACCCAACAACCACUCCCUCAACUGUGGCCUCUUCAACUGCAAUGACACCUCAGAUUACAUCAAUAGAUUCCAUCAAAAGUGUUCACUUCAUCAAUUUCAUCCACACCACCAACCUCUUCCACAACUGUGGCCUCUUCAAAUGCAACCACACCUCAGAUUACAUCAACAGGUUCCAGUUCAGCAGCAUCCACAAAACAGAAAACAUCAAGUGUGUCCACUUCCUCAUCUUCUACACUAGAUAUCAGCACUUCAUCCACACCACCAAUCUCUGCCACAACCGUGGCACCUUCAACUGA